AUGAGUAUCCUAUUUCUUGGAAUACUGAAGAGAGUAUUAAGAGUAGACAUGAAUGGUUUAUCGUUUAUUAAUGUGAGGAGUGAAAUCCUGUCAUCUUCUAGGAGCAUUGAUAAUGUCGACAAUGAGGAAAUUGUAGUUAUUAAUGAUAGUCUAUCCCAUCUUUCACCCAUUGUUCAAACUCCAAAGACAUCUCUCAAAUCAACCGAAACUAGUAGUAAAAUCAAAGAAAUUGGAAAUACAAAUGAGACUUCCAUCAAAUCAGUAUCAAGCCCUGUAAACAACACUUUCAACAUCAACAUCAACAAACAUGUGUCUAUUCCACCACUUACAUGCUACGAGAGUGUAGGUCAGGGUAGACAACUUGGAAAUCAAUUCCAAACACAAAUUGAAUUGUGUGAAACUGACUUUGGAUGUGGAAUGCUUGAAAGAUGGAAACAACAAAAGUUGAUCAUGUGUGAAAGGCAUCAACAUUCAUUAUUGAGAAGUUAUAAUGAUAACUCAUAUCCUUCACAAUUAACAUGUUACAAACACAACAACCUUCAUCUACCUCCAGCAACAUUUCCACAUACUGUAUGUGAUGGAGAGAAUAUUGUAUUUGACUUUUCCAAGAUGUUACAUGCAUCAUGUCUAAAAUAUAGACCUGGUUAUUUCUGUAAGAAACCAACUUAUUAUCAUUAUGAAUAUGGUGCGUUGAAUGGAAAUUGCAAGAGAACUGAUAGAUUCUUUAGUGUUGAUGAUUUUUCCAAAGAUUUUGGAAAGGAUGUCUUUUCAAGUUUUUCCACAUUUGAAUCUCCCUUUGAGAAACCAAUCCAAUUCAUUGAUGGCAUAACAAUCUUUGUUUCGAGAGAACAAGAUGAGCAUGUGAACAUGUUUCAUUCAAUGACUGAUUUCUUUGCCACUUAUCUCAUGAUUGAAAUGUUUCAACUCAACAGUUCUCAAGUUCAAAUUGUUUUAUUGGAUGAUCAUUAUGAUGGUCCAUUUGAUUUUCUGUGGAAUUCUGUCUUUUCACUCAAAAGACCAAUGAUGAAAGCUUCACAAUUCAAUAAUUCAACUGUGAGAUUUGAGAGAGCAAUCUUUCAACAUGCUGGUUAUGCAACACAUUUCCUUUCUCAUGUGUUGGAUUUUGAUAAACAAGAUCCAAGAAUGUGUCAUUCCAAAAUACCUCUCGUCUCAUCCUUUGCUAAUAGAAUCAUUCAAUUAUUGGGUAUUAAGAAGAGAGAAAUGAAGAAGGGAGAUAUGGUGAAAGGUUUAUUCAUCAGCAGAAAACCAUACGUUAAGAAUGGUAUUAAUCAUCAAUUUAUGGGAAGGCAGAUUAGUAAUGAAGAUGAAUUGAUGGCAUUCUUUAGGAUGCAUCCACUUCAUAGCACCAAUUUUACAAUUGAAAAGAUUGAUUUUGCAUCACUUUCACUUGUUGAGCAAAUUCAAAAGGUUCACAAUUCUGAUUUUCUCAUAGGUUAUCAUGGAGCUGGAUUGACUCAUUCAUUAUGGUUACCAGAAGACUCUUCAGGAGUAUUGGAAAUUUGGAAAUCUGCAUUUUCAAAGAGUUGGAGAUGUUUCGAACAAUUAACAUUAUGGAAAGGAAAUUAUUAUGAUUUGUGGUCGAAUACAAAUGGUUGGAAUUUGAGAACAGAUGCAGAUGGUGAUUAUCUCAGAGUUGAACCAUAUAGUAUUAAUGGUCAAUUUUCUAAAAUGAUUAAUCAAUUGACCAUAAGUAGAUCUUUUGAAAGUUAA